AUGAAAGAUCCGUCGGCAGCGGCAUUCCAAGCAGCGAUCAAGGCGCCUAAGUUCCCGCAGGAAGAGCAGCACCUCAGGUGCCCCCGCUGCGACUCCACCAACACCAAGUUUUGCUAUUACAACAACUACAACCUCUCCCAGCCCCGCCACUUCUGCAAGGACUGCCGCCGGUACUGGACCAAGGGUGGCGCCCUCCGCAACAUCCCCGUCGGCGGCGGUACCCGCAAGAACUCUAAGCGCAGCGCCCCCUCUUCAUCGUCCUCCAGUUCCCACACCAAGCGGUCGAUCAGCUCUCCGUCUCCCGCGGCCGCCACCCAUGCAGCAGCCGAAGCGGGAGAGACGGGCGCCGCCUCGUCAAUAUCCACUCUCCAAUUUCCAAAGCUCGAGACUAUUCCCUCGGUAUACUCUUCCACCGACGCCGAUCGCCAGUUGCUGGACUUCACUGGGAGCUUCAGCUCGCUGCUCACUUCCCACGGGCACUUCGGGAGUCUCCUUGACAAUUUCCAUGCGGGGGGGGCGGGAGUCCUCGGGCUACCAGGAACCAUCGACAUGGGAAGGCCGAUCGGGAAUCCUUCUCUCGACCUGCACAGCCCCGGCGAUGGCGGAGACAUAAGCGGCGGCACCCCGGCGGCGGAGCCUCAGCAAGCGCCUCUUGGUGAUAACCUUCUGGGUUUGCCGGCGGACAGUAGCUGCUGGAGUGGCAGCAGCGGCUGGUCCGAUCUCUCCAUUUACACUCCAGGUUCGAAUUUCCAGUGA